CUCAGGUUCAAAUUUCCGAGACCAUCCGGUGACCCCUCUGUGAUGGUUCGGACCUUUCCGCCGAGCUUCGUCUCUUUCCGCUUCUCCUCAUGUGAGUUCCCACGCACUGCUCCCUGCCGGAGCUGGAAAAUGGCUGAGUAGAGGAGUCGCAGGAGGACAGGGAGAGAGAAGAGAAGAAGAGGACAGAGAGCUCUUCUCCUGGAAGCUCAGUGCGCGCACACACACACACUCACUCACACACCGAGGAGCUACAGCCUCCACGCGGUCUCUGGUCGUGUUGUGUCCGCUCUGAAGCUUCGCAGCGCCGCACGCUCAAAGUGAGAAGAGUGGAGGAAAGAUCCGCGGGUCGGUCAAAAUCCCUGUCCGGAACAUGUUGGAGCCUGAGAGAACCCAAUAGGAUUAAAGACCAUCCCACUCCGCCACUUGUCUUCCAAUCAGACCACUUCAUUUGACCGCGGAGAGCCAGCAACACAGGGCCCUCAACUGGCAAAGACUUUUUUUUUCCUUCCCCGGCUGCUCCAGUAGCACCCAGCCAGCAGGUUUCCGCUGCUUGAAAGAGCAUGUUGCCAACGUUCUCGCUCUGCUCCAUCAUCUGGCUCAACCGGGGAAUCAAGCUGAGGAAAUCGCACCAGUCCACCAACACCGGUCAAGUCUGAAACCGCUGCAGCCACAGACACAGCAGCAGCAGAACGCCAUCUUAUCGACUUUUUGAAAAUGCUUCUUAGCUUCGGGUGACUCCCCCCUCCUCCCAUCAUCCCCCUACCCCCUCCCCCUCAAGCCAAACUAACAUCCAACACCAGAAUUUAGUGACUCGACAACCUUUUUGGUUUCUGAGGAGGAUAUCUGUAACACUUGCAGUUGCAGUAGCUCAUCUAAUUCUUUAUUUGGUGGCCAUUUUAAUUUUUGUCUCCCCAACAAAAUGGCGGCAGAGGGUUUUCAGUACCGUGCUCUCUACGCAUUUACCAAGGACCAGGAAGAGGACUUGGACCUCCAGCCCGGAGACGUCCUGACAGUCAGCAAGGCGUCGCUGUCGUCCAUGGAGAAAUACCAGGAGGGCUGCGAGGAGCAGCCUGAGUGCCUGGGCUGGCUCCUUGGGUACAAUGAGCGCACCAAGCAGAGAGGCGACUUUCCGGGGACUUACGUUGAGUACAUUGGCCCUGUUAAGAUGGCAGUCCCAUCGAGUCAACCCAGGUCCCAGCGACCACUACCUGCUGCACCCAGACCAGAAUCGCCUCAAGCUGUUUCUGUGCUGGACCUGAGCGAGCAGUUCACACCGCCUGAGACGGCUCCCCCAGCUCUCACCAGCCUGAUCCAAGCCAUAGAGAAGAGAGGUCUGGACUUCAUGACAUUGUACAGGACAGUUGGCUCCCCCUCAGGUUCAGACAGUCAGGUGUACUGCCUGAGCUCUGAGAGUGACGCGAUUCAGAAAGACGUGGGUUACCUCUCUGAGUGUGUCCUGCACUACCUGAGAGACCUUCCAUCACCUGUCAUCCCGGCCUGUAUCUACCCUCACCUUCAGACUGUUGUCACGCUGCAGCAGCAGGUCCUACAACAGUCAGCAGAUGGUGCAGUCGCUGGCAGCCAUGACAGAGAGGUAAGCCUGGUCCUUGAGAGCUCCACCGCCGUCCCUCUCCACAACCGUCUCACCCUGCAAUACCUCCUCACACACCUGGCCAAGGUCACCCAGGUGCAGGCCAGCAAUGGCCUGGACACACACACACUGGGAAUGAUCUUUGGACCACUGCUUAUCCGGACAGGCCCCUCUACUCCAUGGUUAUCACUUGAUGAGAAGUUCCCUGCCCUAGUGGUGGAGAGACUGUUGAUAGAAAGAACUAUGGAGCAGGACCUUACUCCUCCAGUUCUUCCCGCAAAGCCAGUCAAGUCAAAAAUGGCCCCAUCAGCCAUGACGGACACAAGCAGCCUGCUGAAUGAUGCUGAGUGGUACUGGGGGGAAAUCUCCAGAGAGGAAGUGAAUGAGAAGCUGCGAGACACUCCAGACGGCACCUUUCUUGUCCGUGAUGCCUCAAGUAAACUAGAGGGCGAGUACACUCUCACCCUCAGGAAAGGGGGGAACAACAAGCUCAUCAAGAUUUACCACAGAGAUGGGAGGUACGGCUUCUCGGAGCCUCUCACCUUUCUGUCUGUAGUGGAGCUCAUCAAUCACUACCGCCACGAGUCUCUGGCUCAGUACAACGCCAAGCUGGACACCAAGCUUCUGUACCCGGUCUCAAAAUACCAGCAGCUGGUUAAGGAGAACAGCAUCGAGGAGGUGGGAGAGCAGCUGAAAGUUUAUCAUGAGCAGUACCAGGAAAAGAGCCGCGAGUACGACUCUUUGUAUGAGGAGUACACACGCACCUCACAGUACAAUAGUAAAUAUCUUAUCCUUGUUUUCAGCGUGGAGGGUGACGCUAAGCACUGUGUCAUCUACAAGACGGCCACCGGUUAUGGAUUCGCUGAGCCCUACAAUCUCUACUCGUCCCUCAAAGACCUGGUGCUCCACUACAAAAACGUCUCCUUGGUCCAACACAACGACCAGCUGAAUGUAAAUCUUGCCUACCCAGUCCUGGCCUGCUCCCAGAACCAGAACCAGCACCCCAGAUGAAUAAUCGACCGGCAGUGUCGGACACCAACCAGGGUGGGGAAACUAAAUUUUCACUCAGAUGCAUUGGGGGGGAGGAAAUAAACAUCUGAACAAUGCAAGUGUUCAUGUGGUUGUCGGCAGCCACAAUUAAAACAAAAAUCAUACUUUUUUUGGCUGGAGGCUGGUGCUUCUUUCCCACACUGACCCCAGUCCAGCAGCAAAGAGCACUCCUUGCUAACAGCAUGGCUUCAAUAUAAGCACACUGCUAGCAGCAAGUAAGCACUGUACAGUUAGCCUGGCUGACGCAGCGAGUUUUACUGCGAGGAGAAUGUCAGCCAGGACUGUACAGUGUGAAAUUUAAAGACACCUUCGACAGGAAAAACAAGACUAAAUGUGUUGAAGGAAGAAAAAAAAGCACACGCAAAUGUUGUUUUUCAAGAUGGUGAAGAGGAGAGACCAGAUGGGAUGAUGGGAAAAUAUACAGGGGGCACUUUCUUUUUUUUUUUGCUUUGAACACGAUGAGUGUCUAUAGACAAAGGCCUGAUCUGUCAUCCCCAGACUGCCUGCAAACUCUCCGUAGACAAAAGCCUGAGCUGUCAUCCACUAAAAGGACUGGCUUGGCUAAACCAGGCUGCUCGCGUCACACCUGAAGGCGGCUGAGGAACCGUGGACCAGGAGGGUGUAGUCACUGGAGCCGGGGGGAGGAGGGGAGGAGGGGAGUAGGGGAGGGGGUGGAGAAACUGCUGGGGUUGUUAUUUUUGGGGUUUUUAAAAAAAAUGUAUUCAAUUUAAAGCUUGCUCAAGUGCCAUAGUAAUAGCUUUGGAUGACCACAAGCCUGUGUCACUAGAACGAGGGGGCACGUCGCGGUCGAAAGAAGGAAGGAGAGAAUGAACGCCUGUCGACAUUGACAAAGCUACAGCUUUAAAAAUGAUCUUUAUUUCCAACUGCUCCGGCUUGUUGCUCUCUCUCUCUCUCAGCGGCGCCUCCCUUUGAUCUGAUGAGGUACAACGGACAGCAAAUAGUGUAUUUCAUGAUAGAAGUGCAUGCUACGUAUUUGGUAUAUUGUGAAUAUAGAAAUACUUUUUAAUCACAAUACACUAGAUGCACAGGUACAUUGAUAAAUGCAGUUCCACAUAAUUCAGGUUUCCUUCUUAAAGGAAAUAGUGGAAAGAGUCCUGCAUUAAACGUCUCUUUGUUUCUGACUUCUUCCUUCAUUUUUCAUCCUGUUUAAUACUGUAGCACCUGUAGCCAUUGACUUAAGGCAUAACUGUUAGUGCUGCUCUUAAGUGUCUAGUCUCUAUAUGAUAAAGACACUUGCAGGGCAUAAAUCUUUGUGAUUAUUGUAUCUUCGGUACUGUAUUUGCUUAGCCUCUGUUAGAUUAGACUGUUGUUAGCGGUACAAUGUCCUCGCAGAUGUUUGUUGUUGUUUUUUUUUAAAGCAGAUUUCACUCUCGGUACUUCCUCCCCCUUGUGACUGUUGGUUUAAUCACAAGCUUGACUCACAGAGCUGUAGAACAUAGAUGUACAAAGAGAAAGCGGUUAUAUAACACACACAUAUAUAUAUAUAUAUAUUUCAGACACACAUGCAGACAGUAUGUGAUUUUCUACAGAUUAACCGCCGUGUUUCUUGAAUUGUUUUCCGAAUAUUUGCUAUCGCUCUUAGAUUCUGUUCGAGGAUGCACAGUAUCCAGCUAAUGUGAGCCAAAUGAAGGAUCUUUUCAUGUAGCAAGAAAGAGAAAGCAGAACCGGUCGUUUUGCCAUCCAGUGUGGCCUUUGUGGUCUGAGAGAUUAUCUAGUACGAUAUGCAUGGAGUAGUCCUUCGUUUGGGUAGAGGUUUUUCUUUACUUGGUGGCUGAUAAUUGUGCAUUUUGUAGAGUUUAUACAGUAUGGUAUGUGGUGAAUGCAGUAGUACUAUCAUACUGUAGUACUAUGCACACCAUACAUGUAUAACAAGCUUUAGAUUUAUAGCGCUCGGAUCGGUUCCCGUGCCGUGGCAGCGAGUUUCUCCUGUUUUCCUCAUGUUCAUUUGGCUCGAGGUGGAGAUUGUACCACCUCUGUUCAAAGCACAAGUCAUUUGUGUAAAAGGCAGGAUUAUCCAGUCAUUAUUUUGUGGUCGAUAAAGAGGCGUCACAUGAUGUCGCCUCUGAAAUUGAUUUUAGUUGAUUUCUUGAGAUGAAUGAAUAUGAAUAAUCUCUCAAAUUUAUUACACUUUGUCGACUGUCAUUGCCAAAAAGAAAAGUAUUUUUGUAGAAAGUUAUGAGUCGAAAGUCAUUGGCAGGAGAACGUUUCAGAAAAAUAAUGCACUGCUUUUAAAAGUUACACAUUUAAGAGUUCCAUGGAUUUUGUUUUUAUUGAGGAGGGAUGAACAUUGCGGUUUUGUUCCUAAAUGAGAUUCUCACCCACUCAACAUGUCAUGAAACUCAAUUAUUAGUGAAUAAUUACGUUUCAUCUGAUUUCAGGUACCAAACCCAUUUUCAGAUCGAACUCAACCUGUAGAGGUUAAAUCAAGACGUCAUUGUUUUAUCAGUCAGGAUGAAUCAGUUGUACUGUACUUUGCACAAGUAGAAAAUCCCAAGAAUUUGAUUCUGAUGCUUGUGGUUAGAGGGCUAUACAAAGUGAGGAAGAUUAGGGAGAUACUUAGAAGUGCCUUUAGUCAUCGUGAUGAGCUUGUUUCUCCUUGUUGGAGCGUUUCUCCACAAGAUGGUGCCACCACCACACAUGCUGUGCCCCAUGGUUAAAACUUUUGCCAUUUGUCUAAAACUGGCAAUUGAGCAUUGUGUGUGUGUGUGUGUGUGUGUGUGUGUGUGUGUGUGUGUGUG